AACAUCCGUUUUCGUUGAUGUUUCUAUCGCUUCAUAGGGAUUAAGUUGUAAACCAAUUAAAUGGUAAAUAUGGACCAGUAUCAGGCACAGUUGCUCUCCGUUGAAAAAGCGAUACAUGCUUCAGAAAAUUCCAAGGAGCGCGAGGAAUUACGUACCCUUAAAGACAAUUUGAUUGAGUUAAUAGCACUUACUCAGUUCGUAGAUGAGGAGAAACAGAAUGAAGAUGACGAGGAAGUUAACCUAGACGACUAUGAAAUGCACAGGUUUAUGAGUGAAGUAAAAGAAAUUGAUCAAAAAGAUGAAUUACGGAGGCUUAAGGAUAAAUGCGAACGAAUGGUCGGAGAAAAAUGUAGUGCUCCAUAUAUGCACUCGUGGGGAGCUAUAACUUACCAUAAUGCCCUUAUUUGUAGUAUGGAAGAUGAAGCUGUUGUCGCUGAUGAUGGCAACAUCGAUGUGAAAUUCCGAGUUCUUUUCACGAAUCCAACGCAUAAAGAAAUGUUACCAUGUCCUUUCUUUUUGGAUGGUAGUUGUCGGUUCGACAGUGAAAAUUGUCAUUUUUCUCACGGUGAAAUGGUGUCUGCUGGUUCUCUGCGGGAGUAUACCGUUCCUGAUUUUUCUCGCUUGUCAAGAAACUGCGUAGUUUUAGCGAAAACCGGGGAUAAUUUGUGGCAACGUGGACGUGUUCUAUGCGCAAACUAUGUAGAAAAGGAGUGUCGGGUUCGUUUGGAUAACAGCUCUACUAAGAAUAGGGAGCAAGACUUCAAAUUUGUGGAUUUGUUGCCAAUAUUUGAAGAAGAUGGAGAUUCUACCAGCGAUUCCGAAAGUGAAACAGGCUAUCCAGCGAUAAAUGUUGAUAAUUGCAAUCUUAAUACAUUCACCUAUGACGUUAGUCAAUCUCUCGGAGAUUGGGAAAGAUAUACAAGGGGCAUUGGCUCCAAAUUAAUGGCUAAAAUGGGGUACAUACAUGGUACAGGGUUAGGUUCCAAUGGAGGUGGUAUUAUAACACCUAUAGCAGCACAAAUCCUACCAAUGGGAAAAUCAUUAGAUUAUUGCAUGAGCUUGCGAGAAGCUGCCAAUGGAGACGAAAAUCUUUUCAGCGCUGAAAAAAAAUUGCAAAAGGAUAAGAAAAAGCAGGAAGCAAUAAGUGCAAGAGCCUACGAACGCGAAACAACACGAGUUGAUGUAUUCUCUUUUAUCAACGAAAAUGUUUUAAGUACCUCUAAGCCUAUUCAUCAGUCCGGACCUCUUAAAAAGUGCUUUCAAAAUCAUAGCUCUAAGUCCUUAAAUGUGGAAAGCGUUAAGGUAGCGGACGAUAUUCGACGCAAAGAACGAGAAAUAGCUGAAGUUAGAAAAUCGUUAAAACGUAAUGCUGAAGGUGGUGCCGACAUUUGCAGCAGACUUAAGAAAAAGCUACGCGAAAAAACGUACGAAUUAAGCUGUUUACAGGAAAAACAAGAUCAUCUCUCUAAUGAACAAUCUUCCCGAAAGACCAAAUCCUUUGUAUUUUAAUAAGAAUACCAUGAUCUUCGAGAAAGAUAGACUCAGUAAAAUAAUUAUCUUAUAGAAACUUUCCUGCUAUCUACUACUAUAAAUCUGAUCAAUCCCAUGACAGCCGGUUGUACGUGCCGGAUUGGCCCGAUUGAGUCUUUAUUCGGCAAGUGAUGCCGCCUCAGUGUACAAAACACUGCUACAACAACAACAACUAUAUAUCUGAUUUAUAACUCUCUUUAUUUUCGAACUACUCAUGCGUACAAAUUUCCAUUUAAUCGAAACGAAAUUGUUAGUGUUAAAUAUUCGCCAGAAUAAGCAUGUUCAUAUUAAAAAUUAAACGAUUUCCCAGUUUUUUA